CUUUUUGACCUUUCUUCUUAUUUAUUCUCAUUCUUAUCAACUCCUUUCGUUAUUCAUUAGUAUCAACCCAAAGAACAUCUUCAUAAGUUAUUGUCAUACAAUUGUGGAACCGACUAAACUGUCAUUUACACCAGCCUCACUCUUUCUGUCUUUGUCUUUCUAUCUCUUAUCUUUUGUCUUUAUUGGGGAAAUCUCUUUUUGAUCCUUUAUUAUUAUUAUUAUUAUUCAGUACAUCAAUAGCUUAAGCUCUUCUUUUAUUUGUCUAUAAAUCUACAACAUCUUACAAUUAUUUUUUGAUCAUGCAAUACGCUCCUCCUUAUUAUUAUGCUGGUGGUAAUCAACAACCUACCAAUCCUCAACAACCUCAACAAACUCAACAACCUCAACUUCAUAUGCCUGAUCAUCAAUUAUAUACUCAACCUCCUCAUGGUAUGCCUACUUACCCUAUGACUAUGCCUCCUCAUCAACCUCAUCCUGCUUUGACUCAUCCAUCUGGUGAUUUCAAUAUGUUAACAAAACCAAAGAGAAAACAAGUGAAGAAUGCUUGUGUUAAUUGCCAAAAAGCUUGCAAAAAAUGUGAUGAUGGUCGUCCUUGCCAACGUUGUAUUAAGUAUGGAUUGACUGAUACCUGUACAAACUCUAUUCGAAAGGAACGUAAAAAAGGUGUCAAACGUGGUCCAUACAAACGUAGAAACCAAUCCAAUGGUGAAUCAUCUAGCACUGCAACUACAUCCACAUACUCAAAUCCAACAACCAAUGUACCUACACCUUAUCAAACUUAUGGUUCAUAUGAAACUUAUCCAUCUACCAAUCCCACUGCUCCUGGAGUCGCUUAUAGUAACCCUAUGCAACAAUAUGUGAUGGCCAUGCAACAACAACAAGCUAUGUAUCAAAACCUCCCAUAUCAACAAACUAUGACGACUGCAACUUCAUCACCUUCAUUGUCUCAUACUCCUAAUUCUAUGCCUUCUGGUGCUUCUGUUUCUGCUCAACAUUCUCCUGUUAUCAAUAAUGCCAAUACAACUACUGUCGAACCAAAAGAACAAUCUUCCUCUGCUACUACUACUACAACAACUACUGCUUCCGUCGUUACUAAUGAUAACAACAAAACCAAUGAUGAUGAUGACGAUGGUUCCAAGUUGAACAUUUUAUCUCAACUUUGCAGUGAUGUAUUAGAUCGCUCACCAAAAGAAGAACAUGCAACAAUGACUCCUCCUCCUAUCGGUAUUACUCGUGAUCAAUCUACUCCUACCAACACUAAUACUGCCACCAACGAUCUUCAACAAAAUCCUACUUACAAUCAACAACAACAACAACAACAUACACCUAUGUUAUCUACUCCUGUUUCAUCAUCACCUUCUUCUGCUAAUGCCUCGCCUACUUUAUACAAACAAGAUCCUACUCAAAUGGUUUAUCCUCAACAACAACAACCUCAACAACAACAACAAGGUCAAAGUAAUUGGCAAGGACAUUGGUGA